AUGCUUGAAGCUCUAGCAUCUCUUGCCUUGGCCACAGCCGCCACGCUAGUCCUUCUACCGUCCGGGGCGAGCGCUGCGCGGGCGUGCAGCGGGACGAGCGCAGGCUUUCAGUAUCGCCUGGGCGAAUUGAGAUACGACAGUCCGGACCCGAGCAAGAAGAACGGCCUUGCCACCAUAGCGGCAAGCCUGCAGAGCAGCACCGGCACCCCCUUGUACGAGUGCGUUGCGCAAUGGCCCGAGUCGUGGGCCGGCUGGUACAAGGGCGGCAGCGAGCCGGUAUGGGGGGAUUGCAUCUUCACCGGAGCCGGGAUCGGCGCCGACGAUACCGUCACUUUCGCAGUGGACUGGAAAAACAAGACCAUGUAUCUGUCGCACACCUUUGCCUGCUCCGACCGACCGGGGACCGAGGGGCUGGCGACGGGGUCUAUACAACUGGACGUCAACUGCACGGCGCCGGCCGAUGACGGGAGCAGUUACUGCAUCUUGAAGUCAACAAGCACAGGUGCCCGCCCGACGCUCAACAUUUCCACCAAGCUGGCGGCGGCUUCCUUGAACGCAACAUCUCCAUGCGCCGACAACACCGAGCGGUACCAGUCGUGGAAGCUCAGAGACUGGCUUCGGCGCAUCGUGAUGGAGCCCGGAUCGUCGCCAAUCAACCCGAAAUUGGUGUCAGACUCGGGGCCGUCCUUUACGCUGCAGAAUAUGGCGAGCGGUGAUGUGUUUCGCUGCGCAACUUCGGGCAAAGAGAACGCCACGUUUGUGGGUGGCUGCCAGUCGGCAAACGGGACGACGACGACGGCAGAGUUCCAGUUCGACUCCCAAUUGAACACGCUCGAGAUCACUCAGCAUUGGAAGUGCGAUUCGUAA